AAUAUUCAUAUCUUCUUUGGAGGCCUGGGAAGGAUAUAAUUAAGCAUGAAGUUGUUUUUAAUAAGGAAACACAUGCAAUUUGUUGCACAUGCAUGUACUUUAGUGAGACUGGUUUACUUUGUUCUCAUUCUCUUCGAGUAUAUCAUUUGCAUUGUGUGCGUAAUAUUCCACAAGAGUAUAUAAUGAAACGAUGGACAAAGGCUGCCAUGUGUAGUCAUGGUAUUGAAGAACCUAUUUUGAGGACAAAUGUUGUGGCUACUAGUGUUUGGAGGUCACAAACAAUCAGAAAGUUUGUUAAGUUGAUAACAAGUUGUCAGAAUUCUUUGAAUGCAAGGGCAGAGGUUGAGUGUUAUUUCAAUCUGUUAAAAGAAAAAGGCCUAAGAGUACCUUGGAGAAGCAGUGUAACAAGGCAAAGGGUAAUUUCAAGAGGAAAAAAGUCUCUGUACACUCCUUACAAAAGGGGUAUAGGGCAAGCAGUUGUACAGGUCGGCUUAAAAUCAGCUGUUGUAGAAGAAAUUCCUUCUAGUUCUAAGGAAUCAAAUCAUAGUAUUUCCAAUGAUUUUGAUCAGGCUACUGGUGAAAGCUCUCUUUCAUCUAUCAUAUCUAUUGAUGUUGAUAUUUCAUCUAUUGCUAAGGCAAAGGAUUUAAAUCUUGAAGGUGUUUCUGCUGUUCAACCUUGUUCUAAUUUUGUUGCAAAUAAAGGUGCUUCUGGUGUUAAAACUUACUCUCAAAUUAAUCCAAGAGUUCCAAUUCAUACUAGUGCGUCAACAAAAUCUCCUGUUGUUAUUCAACCUACUGUUCCCAGGAAUGUUCAAAAUCAAACUCAGAAUUGUUCAAACACCAAUCCAGAAAUGAUCAUAUCCAACUCCAGGAAUGUUCAAUCAACAAAUGUUCAAGUUAUUUCUCCUACGGUUCAAAUAAAUGAUCAAGGAUUUCCUGUUCAGAAUGUUCAAGUUACUCCUCCCACAGUUCAAAGAAAUGAUCAAGGUGCUCGUGUUCCAAUUCUUCAAUCAAGAAAUGUUCAAUUAGGUUCUAAAAAGAUUUCUUCUAAAUAUGAUAGGUUGUUUAGCCUUUUUUGA